AUGUCAAGCUCAACUUCUAAAGAUGCUUCUCCCAAGCUAGGGUCCAGUUCUGCCAUAGUUUCCCAUGAGGAUUUGCCUAAAAUUUCUUUGCUGAUACAUACCAUGUCAACUUCAGGCCCAGAUUCUGAGGUCUCUUCCACUUUUGCCUUUGAGACAAAUGGUCAGGGAGGCCAGGCAUUGAAGGACUCCAUCUCUGCUUCUGAGCCAGAAUGUGAAAUCACCACUUCAUUUCUGAGUUUCUCCAUGUCAAGUUCAUCACCAGACUCUAGGGAGUCACUUCAGGUUCCCAAGCCAAAGAACCAUCUCACUGCCAUUUCGAUGUCCAUUUCGAUGGCAGACCCAAGUCUAAGCUCGGCAUCCAGGGACUCGUCUGCUACUCGAAGGCUCAUUCCUCACCGUUCUUCAUUUGUAUCUUUUCCUGACCAGGUUCAGAAACAUGUACAAGCCUUUCACCUAUCCAAUAAGCAGCUUCUGCGAAUAAAAGAUUCCAUGCAGGUAGCCAUGGAAAAUGGCCUCAAAAAGCCAGUUCGAGGUGGAACAGGUGCUUUACCCAUGGUACCCACUUACGUUUGUGCCUUGCCUGACAGCACUGAGAGAGGACAUUUCCUGGGUCUAGAACUGUCCCAGACUCAGGUGGAUGUUGUGUUGUUGCACCUGAGUGGCGAAGAGAAGCAAAUGGCCCAGCUGAAAAUGCAGAGCUUUCCGAUCUCUGCAGAGGCUGUUGAUAACAAGCUUUUUGAAUACUUGGCCAAAUGCCUGGCCAGAUUUUUGGAUGACCUUGAGACCACUGAGAAAUACUUUCCACUGGGCUUCUCUUUUCCAUUUCAGUGUGAACAUACUUCACUGAGUCAGUGUAAGCUGGUUGAAUGGGCAAAGGAUUUCCAAUGUUCAGGUGUGCUGGGUGAGGAUGUGGCACAACUGUUCCAAACAGCUUUAAAAGAACAUUGCAAGAACUACUGCAUUGAGGUCUUUGCUGUGCUGAAUGACACGGUAGGAAUCAUGGUGAGCUGCGUUUAUGAAGCGGAACCCUGUGAGAUUGGACUGAUGAUUGGUGAUGGCACUAACUGUUGCUACAUGGAACAGGCCAAGAGCAUAGCAGGCAUGGAGAACAAAAUGGGCCGCAUGUGUAUAAACACUGAAUGGGGCUCCUUUGGGAUAGCUGGAGAACUGGAUGAUAUGCUGACAGAGUUUGACCAAUUAAUGGAUAAAGAGACUUGUGAUCAAGGCAUUUGCAGAUUUGAGAAGAUGAUCGGUAGUUUGUACCUGUGUGAGACGGUCCGCAUUAUUCUGGCUACUCUGUCUGAGAAGGGUGAGCUCUUCAGUGGAGUCCUGGCUCCCAGCCUUAUGACCAAAGGGAUACUGAAGUUUCAAGAGCUCUUGGAUAUCAUAGAUGAAAAGGUGGGCCUGGCCAAAACCAAGAACUUCCUGACUCGCCAGGGACUGGUGCCGAACAACCAAGACUGUUUCCAUGUGCAGCACAUCUGCAAAAUUUUGUUUGUCCGCUCUGCCAACCUCUGUGCUGCUGGGGUGGCUGCCGUCAUUGCUCAUAUUCGUAAUUCUCAAAACCCUCCACAGCCAAAGAUCAGUAUAGCCGUGUCAGGAGUCAUGUACAGGGGCCAGACACAGUAUCGUGAGAUAAUGCAGCAGACACUGAAAUCCCUAAUUCCUGAGUGUGCUGUCAGGUUUGUCACGUCUGAAGGCAGUGCUAUAGGAGCUGCCCUGAUAGCAGCUGCAGCUUUGAGGCUUAGAAGCCGGGAGGAACAGAUGUCUGGAGUCCUAGCACCCUUGCAACUUUCCACGGAGAUCCUUGAAAAAAUGCAGAACCAGAUGAGAAAGGAGAUGGAAAAGGGCCUGUCAAAGGAGACGCACGAAAUAGCCAUUGUCCGCAUGUUGCCUACUUUUGUCCGUCAUUUGCCUGAUGGCUCUGAGAGAGGGGAUUUCCUGGCCCUUGACCUGGGUGGAACCAAUUUUCGAGUGCUGAUGGUGCAGUUAAGAAGCCCAGAGGAGGGCGGUAUCAACAUAACCAGUGAGAUUUAUACCAUUCCAACAGAAGUGGCCCAGAGUAAUGAUGUAAAGCUCUUUGAUCACAUUGUUAACUGCGUUAUGGAUUUCCAGGCCAAGCAUGGCAUGCAAGAUCGCAUACUGCCACUGGGCUUCACUUUCUCCUUUCCCUGCAAUCAGUUAAGCCUGGACAAGGGCAUCUUAUUGAGAUGGACCAAGGGCUUCAGUGCCUUGGGCUGUGUAGGGAAGGAUGCCGUGCAGUUGCUGCGGGAGGCAGUAGAACGUCAAAAGCACUUUGAUCUAAAUGUGGUUGCCUUAGUGAAUGACACUGUGGGAACCAUGAUGUCAUGUGCCUAUGUGGAUCCCAAGUGCGAGAUUGGCCUCAUUGUUGGGACGGGUUGCAAUGCUUGCUAUAUGGAGGAAAUGCGAAAUGUGGGCUGUGUGGAAGGUGAGGAGGGAAGAAUGUGUAUCAACAUGGAAUGGGGAGCAUUUGGGGAUGAUGGCUCCCUUGACUACUUGAUGACCUCCUAUGAUAAGAAAAUAGAUGCAGCAUCCAUCAACCCUGGCCAACAGAGGUAUGAAAAGCUCAUCAGUGGCAUGUACUUGGGUGAAAUUGUGCGCCAUGUUCUGCUGGAGCUAGCAUCCCGCAAAAUCUUGUUUCAAGGCCAACAGCCAUCUGCACUUAAGACCAAAAACCUCUUCCCCACCAAAUUGUUAACAGUCAUUGAGAAUAGUGACCAAGGUCUGCAGGAGCUACGUGCUGCGUUAGAAGAGAGAGGGCUCACAACAUCUGCAGAAGAUGCCAAUCUGGUGAAGGAGGUGUGCCACACGGUGUCCACCCGUGCUGCUAAAGUAUGUGCAGCUGGACUGGCUGCUGUUGUGGAAAAGAUCCGACAAAAUCAGCAGUUGGAGAAGCUGCAAGUGACAGUUGGUGUGGAUGGGACUGUGUACAAGAUGCACCCUCACUUCGCAAGACAGGUUCAGGAGACCCUGGCACUUUUGGCUCCGAAAUGCCAAGUCAAGUUCUUGCUGUCAGAAGAUGGCUCAGGAAAGGGGGCUGCUCUGAUUGCUGCUGUGGCCCACCUCAAGGACUCACAACAGGCCACUUAG